AUGGGUCAGGCUAUCGCUAUGCAGUCUGCAAUCUUGCCUGCAGAGUUCCAGGCGAUGUUCUCGCGGAUGUUCGAUGAUGCGCCGCAGAACGACUGGAAGGAUGUUGAGAAGGUUAUUCGGGAGGAUUUUGGUGCUUCACCGGAAGAGGUCUUCGGGGUUUCGUUUUCUGGGGAGCCUGGCAAGGGCCUUAUGGAGCGGAAGGCUCGCGCGAGUGCUAGUGUUGCUCAGGUGCAUUGGGCUCGUUUGCCGGAUGGAAGAGAGGUAGCGAUUAAGAUUCAAAAACGCGAGAUUGCUCAGCAGCUGGUUUGGGAUUUGUGGGCUUUCAAGGUCGUGACAUACAUAUACAGCAAAAUGUUCGAUAUCCCCUUCUACAGCUUGGUCCCAUAUAUCAGUGAGCGGUUGUCGCUUGAGACUGAUUUUGAGAAUGAAGCCACCAAUUCUGAGACCAUGGCUCGGCUAGUCGCUGGUGAGCCUAGACUGCGUGACCGGGUUUACAUCCCAAAGGUAUACCGCGAGCUUAGCUCGAGACGUGUUAUGACUGCGGAGUGGGUUGAGGGCGUGCGACUUUGGGAUAAGGAUGCGAUCACACGUUCCUGGCGCGGCGGUUGGAGACAGGGCAGUCCAGGAUGUCACGGAACUUCCCUGGACCAACCGAAAACCGUUCCUAAGCCUCAAGAUCCUCGAAAUGAAAAGCUCAAGCCUGAACGCAACUACUGGAAAGGACAGAAUAAUCGCGGUGGUCUAGGCCUGUCUUUGAAGGACGUCAUGACAACCAUGGUCGAUUUGUUCUCCGCCCAGAUGUUCCUCUGGGGGUGGGUGCAUUGCGACCCGCACCCAGGCAAUAUCUUCAUUCGUCGCAAGCCAUCCGGAAAGCCUGAGCUGGUCCUCAUUGACCACGGCCUUUACAUCCACAUGGACCCGGACUUCAGGCACCAGUACGCUCGCUUCUGGAAGGCUCUCUUAACCUUUGACAACAAGACACUGGCCGAGGUCGCCGAGGGAUGGGGCAUUAAAAACUCAGAUAUAUUUGCCUCUGCAACACUGAUGCGUCCCUACAGCGGAGGUGACCUGUCAACACAGCGCGGUAUCCAGGGCCUCAGCAAAUCCGAGGUCCAGGAACGCCAUUAUGAAAUGCAGCAAGCAGCUCGCAAGGCGAUCCGCGAGAUUCUCGGCGAUGAGCAAAAAUGGCCACAGGAACUCAUCUUCAUCGGACGAAACCUGCGGAUCGUCCAGGGAAACAACCAAUACCUGGGCUCGCCAGUGAACAGACUCAAAAUCACUGCGACAUGGGCGUCACGCGCGCUCGUAGAAUCACCCGAUCUUCCGCUGUUAGAGAAGAUCCGCAACCUUGGUCAACAUUUUGUUUUCCAAUUUGUACUUUUUACUAGCGAUGUGUUCUUCUAUUUCACCAAGGUCCGUCAGUUCCUUCAUCUGGGUGGCGGUAUGGAAGAUGAUAUCGAGGCCCAGAUGCAGGGUAUGGCUAAGGAAAUGGGUGUAGAGCUGAACCAUAGCGUGUUCGAGGGAUAG